AUGGCAAUACCAGCUGCCGACGAGGUUCCCGAGAAAGGCUCUGCCGUUCUCAUCGUAUGGCAGUUCUUGGUGGCGCAUCCAUUUUUGAUUCUCUUCGUGCUUUUAUUUGUUCGACCCCUAUACAAACGCUAUUCGUCUCCAUUGAGACAAUUUCCCGGUCCUUUUAUAGCCUCGUGCACGAGGAUGUGGAAAGUCUGGAGCACAUGGACAGGGAAAACAGAGCAGCAUCAUAUUGCACUCCACCAAAAAUAUGGUCCUGUUGUGCGAAUCGCCCCGAAUGAGGUUUCGUUUUCGUCGCCAGAUGCCGCGAUUGAACUGUUCAAGACAGGUAAAGGAUUCCACAAAACAGACUUUUAUGGCGUCUUCCCGCCUCCGGAAAAUCCUGACAUCUUCACCGAGACCCGGGAGGCGGUUCAUGGGGUGAAGAAGCGAUAUGCAACAACUCCAUAUAGUUUGGCCUCAAUGCAACAAAGCACGCCCCGCAUUGAAGAGACCGAGAGACUCUUGAUGUCGAAGUUGGACGAAUUUGCUGAUGGAAGCAAAAUUUGCGAUCUGGGUGACUGGUUACAUUUUUUUGCGUUCGACGUUUUGGGGGAAGUCGCAUUUUCCAAGAAAUUCGGUUUCCUCGAGGCUGGUAUUGAUGUGGACCGAGCUAUCAAGACGAUCGACAACUCGCAAUGGUACAACGGCAUCAUUGGCCAAGUCCCCUGGCUUGACCAUAUUUUCCGACGCAAUCCGCUGUGGAAUUACAUUCCUUGGAUGGCCACCAAAAAUGCACUCGUUACUCGAACCGCAUUGGCACAGCUUGAUAAGCGCAACAAUCCUCCUCCCGGCGAGAAAGUUGAAUAUAGAGAUCUCCUCAACAGCUUGAUCGAGGCCCAGAAACAACAUCCUGAGGCUCUUGGACCUGGAGACGUCUUCGCCAUCGCUCACGGUGCCAUCUUUGCGGGCAGCGACAGCACUGCAAGCACGAUGCAAAGCUUUUUUUGGCAUGUGCUGUCCAACAGACGGGUGUACGAUAAGCUGAUCAACGAAAUCAUGACGGCUGAUCUGUCUGAAAUGGUGUCAUAUAACGAGGCACAGAAUCUCCCGUAUUUCCAGGCCUGCCUGAAAGAAGCGAUGAGAAUCUCCCCUGCGGUCGGAUUGAAUAUCACGAGAAAGGUGCCCCCUGGUGGUGCUGAAAUUGACGGCGUUAAGCUUCCGGCCGGAACGGCCGUUGCAGUAAACGGAUGGGUCUUGCAUAGGCAUAAAGGUGUGUUUGGACAGGAUGCCGAGGUAUUUAGGCCAGAGAGAUGGCUGGGAGGCGACAAGGAGAAUAUCAAGACGAUGGACAGAUGCAUGUUCCAGUUCGGUGGCGGUUCCCAUGUUUGCAUUGGCCGACAUCUUGCCCUACUUGAAAUGAACAAGGUCUUGCCGCAGCUCUUGCGACGAUACGACAUUCAACUUGUAAAUCCCGGAAAACCACUCGAGCACCACUCAAGCUUCUUCGUUGUUCAGUGGGGUCUAUUGGUUUACCUUCAAUUAAGAGAGAAGUCUGGAAUUUCCUGA